AUGACUUCAAACGCCCCCUAUCCCCCAGCUCUAGAUGCAGGUCUGGAGACAGAAAGACUGUCUCAGACUAUCAAGGAUUGGUCAAUCGCCAAUGGGCUUGCCGUCCGUCCUCCUCCUGCAUUGGUAGGCCAGAAUCAAGACCCUGAGGGAAUUCUGGCCAUCAAUGCCCCUGUCACGCUUUUCCCAAGUCCAUUCCCAAAAAGCUGCUUCGAGGAGGCAAAGGCAAUCCAGACGAACUACAAUGAGUUGUAUGCUCGAAUUAGUCAGGAUGAGGAGUUUUUGGGCCGUCUUGUUCAAGAGGUUGCCGGUGGUGAUGAUUUUAUUGCCAAGCUCUGGGAGAUUCAUCUCAAAGUAAAAGAGGAAGGCUAUGUUCAGAACCUCUCUCUUGGUCUUUUCCGGUCAGACUACAUGGUUCACCAAGACGGUGACCACCUCCAAAUUAAACAGGUUGAGUUCAACACGAUAGCCUCUUCCUUUGGAGGGCUCUCUGCUCAAACCUCGCUGCUCCAUCAGUACCUAUCCCCUUGCCACCUCAAGCACUCACUCACACAUGAUACUAACACCCGCUCCAGACACCUAUCAAAAACAGAAUACCCCCUCCUAACCACCCCCAUCCCCCCCAACACCCUCAACCUCCCCCCCAACACCUCCGCCCACUCCCUCGCCGCCGGCCUCCGCGCCGCCUACGAAGCCUACGGGCCCUCAAUCCUCAACCACCCAACCUGCAUCCUUUUCAUCGUCCAAGACGGCGAACGCAACAUCUUCGACCAACGCCACCUAGAAUACUCCCUCCAACAAUCCUCCAUCCCCGUCUUCCGCCUCCCCUUCUCCCAACUCCUAACCCACACCACCCUCUCCCCCACCCCCCUCCGCCAACUCCUCUACCACCUCCCCCACAACCCCUCCCAAAUCUUCGAAGUAGCCGUCACCUACCUCCGCGCAGGCUACGGACCAAACGACUACCCCGCCCCCUCAUCCUGGCUCGCCCGCCGCAGAAUCGAAACCUCCAACACGAUCCCCUGUCCCACAAUCCUAACCCAGCUAGCCGGCAUGAAAAAGGUACAACAAGUCCUCGCCACCCCUCCCGGCCCUUCCACCCUCGCCAAAUUCAUCCCCGACGAAGAAAAAUCUUCCGCGUUGUGGAGGACUUUCACAAACAUCUACCCCCUGGACAGCUCCUCCCCCGCAGGGAGGGAAGCCCGGCGCCUGGCCACCGACCCGAAAGAGUGUCUAAAGUACGUCAUGAAGCCCCAGAGGGAAGGCGGCGGAAACAACUUUUACAAGGGCGCCAUCCCGGAGCAGCUGAAGAAGGUGCCCGAGGAGCACUGGAAUAGUUUUAUUCUGAUGGAGCUCAUCACGCCGCCCGCGGUGCAGAAUACCAUCCUGAGACAGGGGAAGCUGGAGCAGGGGGGCGUGAUUUGCGAGUUGGGGGUGUACGGGACUUGUUUGUGGGAUCAGAAGACCGGCCAAGUCAAACACAACGAAGAGGCGGGUUACCUACUAAGGACAAAGGGGGAUCAGAGCGAGGAGGGGGGUGUGGCGGCUGGGUUUGGGUGCAUGGAUUCUGUUGCUUUGGUGUAG